AGUAGUAGUAUUAGUAGUAGUAGUAUUAGUAGUAGUAGUAUUAGUAGUAGUAGUAUUAGUAGUAGUAGUAUUAGUAGUAGUAGUAGUAGUAGUAGUAGUAGUAGUAGUAGUAGUAGUAGUAGUAGUAGUAGUAGUAGUAGUAGUAGUAGUAGUAGUAGUAGUAGUAGUAGUAGUAGUAGUAGUAGUAGUAGUAGUAGUAGUAGUAGUAGUAGUAGUAGUAGUAGUAGUAGUAGUAUUAGUAGUAGUAGUAGUAGUAGUAGUAGUAGUAGUAGUAGUAGUAGUAGUAGUAGUAGUAGUAGUAGUAGUAGUAGUAGUAUUAGUAGUAGUAGUAGUAGUAUUAGUAGUAGUAGUAGUAUUAGUAGUAGUAGUAUUAGUAGUAGUAGUAUUAGUAGUAGUAGUAUUAGUAGUAGUAGUAUUAGUAGUAGUAGUAGUAGUAGUAGUAGUAGUAGUAGUAGUAGUAGUAGUAGUAGUAGUAGUAGUAGUAGUAGUAGUAGUAGUAGUAGUAGUAGUAGUAGUAGUAGUAGUAGUAGUAGUAGUAGUAGUAGUAGUAGUAGUAGUAGUAGUAGUAGUAGUAGUAGUAGUAGUAGUAGUAGUAGUAGUAGUAGUAGUAGUAGUAGUAGUAGUAGUAGUAGUAGUAGUAGUAGUAGUAGUAGUAGUAGUAGU